AUGGCUGGUUUUUCGUUAUUCUUAGGUUUCAUCAUCCCGGUGGCAGGAUGGAUUUCAUACGUACUGUAUUCUUUGGCCGUCAACUACAACAAAGCUAAGAAAACUGGUCUACCCCUCGUUAUCUUGCCUAUUGAUUCCGGUAAUCCACUAUGGAUGGCCGUUGACACCAGGAUCUUACCAUACUUCAAAAAUCUACCCUUCACCAAAAACUUCACUCGUUUCAAUUAUCGAGGAUGGGAAAUUCACGACCGAUACAAAGCUCACCAGGAGAUAGGCGAUGCUUUUAUUCUCGUGACUCCGGGCAAAAACUGGCUACAACUUUGCAAUGCAGAGACUUUGAUUGACAUCAAUGCACGUGGUAGAGAAUUUACUAGACCAACGGAGAUGUUGGCGAUGUUGAACGUGUUUGGACCGAAUCUCGGAACGACCGAGGGAACACAAUGGCAGCGUCAUCGCAAGAUCACAGCCACUUGUUUCAACGAGAACAAUAAUGAAAUUGUUUGGUCGGAAGUCAUUCGUCAAGCUACCGGAAUGCGAAAAUACUGGUCAUCAAGGUCCUCCAUCAAUACCAUUGGUGAUGAUGUACGGACAUUGUCAUUACACGUGAUGUCUAGUGCUGGUUUUGGAAAAUCAUAUCCAUAUCAGGGAGCAGAGGAAGAAUCUGACACUCAAGGCUCUGCUAAUAUCAGAGAUGCCUUGAAAUUGAUUUUGGACAACUGUAUCGCUUUGGUUGCAUUGGGUCCAAAGAAUUUGGAUAAAUGGUGGCUACCAAAAAGUUGGAAGCCACUUCAUGAAGCAACUGUCACAUUCCAAAACUAUAUGACAAAUGCAUACGAAGAAGGAAAGAAAGCUGCUGCAGACGGGAACACACAUGGAAAUAACUUGAUGAAUUCACUUGUACGUGCAUCUCAAGCGGAGAGCAAGGAAGCUUCAAGCCAAGGUGGCUUGACGGAACAAGAAAUUUACGGAAAUAUCUUCGUCUUCAAUUUCGCUGGUCAUGAUACCACGGCUAAUACAUUGGCUUUUGGUAUUGCCUUGAUUGCUACUCGUCCUGAUGUUCAGGAUUGGAUUGCCGAGGAGAUCAACGAGGUAUUUGGUGAUCAAGACCCAGAAACUUCGAACUACGCAGAAAUAUUCCCUCGUCUGAAGCGUUGUUUGGCGGUUACUUACGAAACAGUUCGUCUCUUCACCCCCGUAGCCAUCGUGAAAACAAGCGGCCCUGAGCCCCGUGAACUUAAAGUAAACGACUCAACUCACAUCCUUCCACCCCACACUAUGAUCAUUCCAAGUUAUUCAGCCAUGCACACGCAUCCCCGUCAUUGGGGUUCCAAUUCUCUUGCUUGGGAGCCUUCUCGCUGGAUCAUCCCCGCUUCAACAUCAUCUUCAAACCCGGCUACUGAAACCUUUUUGGAAUUUCCAAAGGCAAAUAAUCCGUUCAUUGCUUGGUCUGGUGGUGCAAGAGUUUGUCCAGGGAGAAAAUUCUCGCAGGUUGAAUUUGUUGGUGUCUUGGUGGGUCUCUUCAAAGAUUAUAAGGUUAAGCCUGUACAGCUUGAGGGAGAGAGUGAGGCGGAUGCAAUUGAGAGAUUGAAGUUGUUGAUUAAGGAGGAUACUGGGUUCAGAUUGCUAUUGCAAUUGUUACAUCCCGAAAGGAUGUUCUUUAAAUGGGAGAAGAGAGUCUGA